CCGGUUUUAACUAACAAACUACAGAACGUAAUGAAAACAUUUCAGGAGUUGAUUUUCUUACGAUAAUUUCGACGGUGACAGAUAUUACCAUAGACUAAUAACCGUUCCUGAAUAUUUAGUAAAGUUUUAAAAAUACAUCAAUUGAGGAAUAGUAGAAAGCUAAAGUUAUGACGUUUCAACUAAACCUGCCGCCAUCGGCGGUUGCGAAGCUGGUGAAGUCUGAGGAAUGCGCGGACGAGCCGAAGAAGCAGUCUCGUGAAGACUGGCGCAAGAUGAAGGAACUAGAGGAGAUGAGGAAAGCUGGCACAGCAGAGGCCAUGAAAGAUGAAGAAGGAAAAGAUAUCAAUCCUCACAUUCCUCAGUAUAUUAUGCAGGCUCCGUGGUAUUACGGAGCCACAACACCAACACUUGGACAUCAGAGACCACUAAGCCAGAACGACGCAUAUGCUAAAUAUGAACAGAUGUACAAGAAAGGUGUCAAAGAGGGUUUGACUGCUACCAAAUUCAGAAAGGGAGCCUGUGAGAAUUGUGGGUCCAUGACGCACAAGAAAAAAGACUGUUUGGAAAGACCUCGUAAGGUUGGAGCCCGGUUUACUGGAGAUAACAUAGCACCUGACGAGUACAUCCCACCAGAGGCUACGAGCGAUUAUGACGGCAAGCGAGACCGGUGGAAUAACUGUGACUUGGAGGAACACCAGACAAAGCUCUUCACGGAAUACGAGAAAAUAGAAGAAGCCAAGCGAGUGUUAAAGGAGGUCAAACUUGAACAGUCACUGUUGGAAGGAACUGCUGAUGAUGAGAAAGCGGCAGACAGUGAUAAUGAAGACAAGUAUGCGGAGGAGAUGGACAUGCCCGGUCAGAAGUUUGAGACAAAACAGAGAAUCACAGUCAGAAAUCUACGUAUUCGAGAAGACACGGCGAAGUAUCUUUACAACCUGGAUUUAAACUCGGCCUUCUAUGAUCCCAAAACGAGAUCCAUGCGUGAGAACCCAUUUAAUAAAAAGGGCGACGGAAUGGAUGCGGAGUAUGGAGGUGACAACUUUGUCCGGGGUUCCGGGGAUGCAGCAGAUAUGGCCAGCGAACAAUUGUUUGCAUGGCAGGCAUUUGAGCGGGGCACUGAUGUGCACCUGCAGGCUGAUCCCACCAAACUGGAACUCCUUCACAGAGAGUACCACGACCGGAAAGAAGAUUUCAAACAAUCUGUUAAAGGAAGCAUUCUUCAGAAAUAUGGAGGUCAGGAACAUCUCGAAACGCCGCCUAAAGAGCUGCUCUUAGCCCAGACAGAAGAUUAUGUAGAGUACUCGAGACAUGGUUCCGUAAUCAAGGGAAUGGAAAGAGCAAAGGUUCUUUCACACUAUGAAGAAGAUAUUUAUCCCAACAACCAUACAUGUGUGUGGGGAUCCUACUGGAAGGAUGGUCUGUGGGGCUUCCAGUGUUGCCAUUCUCUCAUCAAGGGCUCGUACUGUACAGGGGAUGCUGGCAAACAAACACAAGAGGUAGAUGACGAUGUGUUGGCCAUUGAUCUGGGGAGAGAAUCCGAGAAAGAAGAGAAACAGUCUUCAGAAGAAGAGGUACAAGAAAGUCAAACCGAGAAGAAGAAGAAGAAAAAGAAGAAGAAGAGGAAGAAGAGGAAGCACAAGAAGCGAGUAAGCUCCAGUGAAAGCAGUGACUCGGAAAGUGACUCGGAGGAAGCUAAGCAAAAGAAACUCAAAAAGGCACUGGAGAAGGAGGCUGCCUAUCAGAAGGAGAUGGACAAAGUGCUGGCGACAGACGAGAGAAAACGUAAAUACAACAGCAUGUACGAAGCCCGGGCCCCGACCGAGGAGGAGAUGGAGGCGUACCGCAUGAAACGCAGCAGGAUGGAGGACCCAAUGGUUGACUUCCUGUCAAAAUAAACAAUAAACAAUACACGUCCGCUGGUUUAUAUCAAACAGCAUAAUACCAGUACCACACAGUCCUGGCAUUUAAGAAAAUGGACAUCGCAAAAGAAAUAAGCAGUGAUAAAAUAGGUCUCCUUGGCAGUUUUGUCUUUAAUAUUUAAGAGUGGAGUUUUAUUUGUCAAUGGUUAUAAUAAAUAAACAAUUAAUUUAAAAAAGUGACAUAUAAAAUUGAAAGAUAUACAGCAAAAUAAAUGCUAGGGAAAAUUAAAAACACUGCUUUAAUUUCUACAGCAUUGCCGAUUGCCAUGAUUAAUUAGCAGGGUUGCCAUGGUAAAACAGUGAAACAACAUGUCUGCUGGUUGAAGCAUCUUAAAAUCAUCUGAUAAAGAAACAAUGUGUGCUGCAUGGCCAGAACCACAAAUGCACUGGGGUGGCCAGGGGGAGGGUUACUUGUGCCUCUCCCCCCACUUGAAGACAAAAAUGUUUGGGGUCUUUUGUUACCUACUCUAUAUAAAUAAAGAUAAAAACUUGGCUUGUGUCCCCAACUAGAAACUGCCACCCACCCCCCUCUACUAGAGACUGCCCCCCUCUCCAGAUAUCAUACCUAUGGGACAGAAAUGUGAUUUUAAAAGAUGGCCCUUGGUUCCAUGCACCAAACUGAAGACUUGGAACAAAGUCCUCACACUGACUACGUGCUACUUGUAUGGGUGAAAUUAUGUUAAAGCUGUCCGUCGUGAAUUUUAAAGUUUUAUCAAUAUUGAAACUGGCCUAUUUAAUAUAAACUAUAUUGAACAACAAAGAAAAUACGAAUAUUAUUUUAUUUAACAUUCUUCCAUUUGAUUUCCAUUAAUUUUUCUGUAUAUUAAAAUUUCCAAAUUAAUGACUUGUGAACAUUUUAGGCCCAUUUUCACAGUUAUUUACUCAGUUAAUUUUAAUUAUGAAAAAAUAUACAUGGCAUUGUAUAUAUUAAAGAUUUGUGUUUCUUUUGGUGUACAAGUAUAUGUUAAAGCAAUGUUUUGAUUUAAGUUUGAUCACCACCUAUAUUUAAUGUCGGGGUCCAAAACCAUAACAACAUGUUUUGAUAGACUGAUUAUGGAAAUUAAUAUUCUGCCCUACUGACUAUUACUUAAGAAACCAAUGUACGGUGUUAAUGUGAGGAAACCAAUGUACAGUGUUAAUAUGAGGAAACCAAUGUAUGGUGUUAAUGUGAGGAAACUAAUGUACAAGACAUCAUCAAGUAGUAGUGUGACUUUAUUAGAUGUUUGAGAUUCAUGGGACAUCUGCUAUAUUGUACAAAUCACAGUAACGAAAACCCUUGAGGAAUAAAAUAUGUAAAGUGUUUUGAUGUCUCGUAUCUUUGUUAAUGAACUGAAACACUUGUAUAUUUUUAAUUACUCUUGUUUUGUAUAUUUGUAUAAUAUGUAAAAAAAAAUGUAAAUAAAUAUGGUAAUAGCU